GCAGGCACACAGGCACGCCUGAGUCUCUCUCAGACAUCCCACCCAUGUGAUCUCACUGCUGCCUGCCUGCUCUCCAGUCGGGCUCCAGCCCUGCAGCCGGCUGCAGCUAAUGAGUCUUUGUGUGGCUGGAGCGAACGAGGGAGAGAGAGAGAGAGAGAGAGAGAGGAAUGAGAGCGAGAGGAGAAUGAGAGAUAGAGAAGCAGAGAAAGGAAUGAGAGAUAUAGAAUUAAAUAACAGAGAGAGAGAGAGAGAGGAGAGUUGAAGUGAGUGGGUUUGUGGUCUUCUCAGCAUAAAAAACAGCAGUGGAGCCUGGGCUGGAUCAUUUACAGGUUUUUCUGUCCUCUUUUUUCCUCUCGUUCUCUCUCUCCUUCUCUCCCUUCCCCUGUCCUUUUCUCAUCCCCUGCUUCUCCAUCCUUGCCUCUCCCCCCUUCCACCCCUCUGCCUCUCUUUCCACCCCCCUCUCCACCUCUCACACACACACGCGCGCACACACACACACACACACACACACACAUGGCCCUCCGUGCUGGGGUCGCUGCACGCCACUGGACUAAAGCAGAAAUGGGACUCCUUCCUCUCGCACGGUUUCAUCUGGCUCUGAAGUGCCACGUUUAGAUUGGCUCGGGCUGAGCUACCGAGCUGCUGCCGGGAGAGUCGGGAGGGUCGGAGGGUUCCGCACAGGUACGGAUGACCGCCAUGAGUGGGAUACUGAAGAGGAAGUUUGCGGAGGUGGAGGCAGCUGCCGCCUCACCAUGCACGUCUCCGCGCGGCUCUGAGGAGGACGACGUGUCCAGCAGUGAGAGUGGGGACAGUAGGGACAGCCUCAAUCCGACAACGUCGCGCUUCUCUCCCGCGUCCAUCCUGAAGCGGGAGAAGCGCAUGCGAACGCGGCGGGUCCACUUUGAGACGGUGACGGUGUACUACUUCAGCCGGAGGCAGGGCUUCACCAGCGUGCCCAGCCAGGGGGGCAGCACCCUGGGCAUGGCCAGCCGGCACAGCUGCAUGCGCCAGUACACCCUGGGCGAGUACGCCCUGGAGCAGGAACGCAUCCACCGCGAGAUGCUCCGCGACCACCUCAAGGAGGAGAAGCUCAACUCCAUCAAGCUACGGCUGACAAAGAACGGCUCAGUGGAGUCGGAAGAGGCCAGCGCACUGACGCUGGACGACAUCUCGGACGACGACCUAGACCUGGACAACACGGAGGUGGACGAGUACUUCUUCCUGCAGCCGCUGACCACCAAGAAGCGGCGAGCCCUGCUGCGGGCCUCGGGCGUCAAGAAGAUCGACGUGGAGGAGAAGCACGAGCUGCGCACCAUCCGCGUCUCCCGCGAGGACUGCGGCUGUGACUGCAGGGUCUUCUGCGACCCAGAGACCUGUGCAUGCAGCAUGGCAGGGAUCAAGUGCCAGGUGGACCGCAUGUCCUUCCCCUGUGGCUGCACCAAGGAGGGCUGCAGCAACUCCACGGGCCGCAUCGAGUUCAACCCCAUCCGCGUGCGCACUCACUUUCUGCACACCAUCAUGAAGCUGGAGCUGGAGAAGAGCCGCGAGCAGCAGCAACAACAACAACACCAUCAACAACAACAACAACCACAGCAGACAGUGCAGCAGCAGGUUGCCACUGGCAAUGGUUACGGAGAGAGCAACGGACACUGCAGCCCAUUGGUUGCAACGCAGUCGCAGCACGGCCUGGAGUUCUCUUUGUCCGAGUCUGUCCAGCAGACGGCCAUCAUGCACUUACAAGCCACAGAGGAAAUGGACGAAAGGCUAGAGGACGAGGACAACGAGGAAGAGGAUGAGGAUGAAGAUGACGACGAUGAUGAUGAUGAUGAUGAGAAUGAGGAAGAUGAAGAUGAUGAUGAGUCAGAGGAGAACAGCAGCAUAUGCAGUGGCCUGUCUGACUCCAGCACACAGAGCCUAGCUGCCAGUGACUCCGAGGAUGAGGAGGAUGACGAUGAUGAAGAUGAGGAGGAGGAGGAGGAGGAGGAAGAGGAGGUGAAGGACUUCCAGAAAGGGCAGAGUAGUACUAACACAACCAACACCACCAAUACUAACAUUACCACCAACCCUACCACCACUAACCACAAUGUUAAUGCUAACAGCAACAGUAAUGGGCUGAGUGGCACCAACAGCAAUGCUAACUCCAUCGCAACCACACCUGAGACUCUUUCAGAAGCUCUGUGCUACACAAAUGGCACAGAAGCACAGGACAGAGACACCAACACCAACGGCAAUGCGUAUUUCCUGAGCCCCGCACCCAAGUACUAUCAGAUGGAGAGCGCUGCUGCUGCCACCACAGCUCCGGCCAAUCAGGAGGCCUACCAAGAAUCGUCCACAUUCCAGGACAGAAUUGCCAAAGGUAACGGGCCGCUGUUGCCGACGGCGUUCGCCGUGCCUCCUGAGCAGCAGUACACAGACUAUGCGCCGCAGACGGACGAGUCGUUUACCAACGGCCACCACUUCACCACACUCUCCAACGGGGCCUCCUCUGCCACCACCAUGGUCACCUGCUGCUCCUCAGAGCAGGAUAAAGCCCCUCCGGCCAAGGCGGCUUUCGGCGACCAGGCAGGACAGCUCAUGCAGAUUGACUUUCAGAACUACCUAAACAAUAAUGGACACGACCACUACGCCACAAACGGAAACUGCUUCGGGCUGGAGCCACUUGGCUCGGAGGUUGCGCACAGUCUGCCUGAGGUGCCGGUGCUGCCGGACGCCACCAAGGCCCCUCCGUUGCUAGAGAGUCUCCAGGAGGUGACCCCAGUCUAGGAGACACGGUCUGUUUAAGAACUACUUUCAUCGAUUUAUUGUUUCAUAGGGAUGUCAGAAUUUAUGAACAUUCGUUUCACUUGUUCAACAAGUAACAAGCUAAUAACUUGCACAUUGAUAUUUUGGGUUUUAUCACUUAAGCCCAUAUUACACGAUGGGCAGUGGGUCUAUAAUAUGAAAUAUAUGACUUUAUAAUGACCCAGGGAAAACUUGUUAAGAAAUAAAAGCUGAAAAAUUAAAGCAGUUGAGAAAAACUGUAAGCUUUAGGCCUGUGCAAUGUAUCUUGUAAUUUCAGAAGUAAAAGUUCUAGUUUUCAUCUGAUAUUGUGAGUAGAACUUUUCUAUGUCUGUGUGUGAAUAGUGCAAACAAAAAAAAAAGAUUGUCGCAGUUUAAUAUGGUCUGAUGUAUGUGUUUACUUAUAAUUGUUUUGAUAAAGCAUGUCAUUUUUUUAAGCUUUUUUGUUGGCAAAUGAUGUUUUUAUAUUAAAAGAAAAGCGCAUUAAUGUACCGUUUAAAGAAUCAUGCCGUUACAUAUGUAAAUCAUACUUUAAGUGCGUUUUUAAAAGCAUGACACUACGCUCUGAAAAUUUAACCUCUCCGCCUUGUGUUAUUGAACAUACCAAACACUAAAAAAACAAAAAAAACAGUAAAUUCAUCAGACAUAUUGCACUUUUGAUGGGGAUGGAGGGACGGAUGCCAUUACUGAUCUCGAAAUCAUAUCAGAGGGUGUGAUAAGAAAGUGUCACUUCCUUUGGUUCUCUUUUGUUUGGGCCAUCUAUUUGUGUUGUCGUGCUUUAGUCCAUACACUCAAGAGAAGUACUUUGCUCGGGAACUGUGUUGUGGAAAGAUGUGGAAUUACUUGAUGGUGUAUACAGGGAUUUCCUCUCGAAUGCACUUUGAAAUGUCAAUUCAACAAUAUAACAGUAUUGUAAAGCAGAGAAACUGUGAAGCAAAUCUUAUGUGAACCGCGGGAGAUUAAAAAGGAUGAGGCUGCUUCGGGUGGAUCUAGAAUAGAACAAAGAGUAGAAUAGGCUACAAAUUAUGAAAUUUACCAUUGAGUGAAAUGAUUGACAAUAAAUAUAAUCUGAGUUUAUUCACAGUUUAACAACAGGUCCUGUAUCGACACAGAAAGGGUUUUCAUUAACACUAAUCUGAAUGUGAAGUGCAAUAGCAUAUGCGUUUGUGGAAGGGAAACAUAUGGGCCCCAAACAGAGGCGUUUGAGGUCACCGAUGCAGCCCCCACAGUGCAUCUGUGCAGUUUAUGAAGUGAAAUGCUCCACUAUGCAUCUCGUUGAGUUCUCAUCUCAUCCCAUUUCAUCUCCCCUUCCUCAGCAGCGGUGGCUCAUUUACACAAUAGCCUCUUGAUAUGCUCUCAAGACUGGACAAUCAAAUGCUCUCGUUGGCCCUGUACAUCACUACAAAAUAAACAGGGCCGCUAUCAAUUAACAGUAUUGUGACAAACACCUACAGUAGCUAUUCUCGUUUGGAAAUAAUGGCAUUUUUUUAUCUUUAAAAAGAUAUUUAUGAUAAUACAUUAACGCCAUUCACAACAUCAUAGUAAGGUGAUGUUCCGCGCCAGAAAGGGAAUUAUAGGGUGUUUCCGAACAGACAAUUGCCUUGACUGCGCUUGAUGGUGUUUUGGGUCCCCACUGUCGACUUCAAAGCAGCGCUGCCACCAGCGACAUCAAGGCAGUGCUGCCUUGCCUAACCCUAACCCUAGCGCCUUCCAGGCAGCGCUGCCAUGAAGUGGGUGGUGGGGGCCCAAAUGACCAUAUAUCCUUGACUACAGUACAGUAGCACAUAAAAGAAACAGAAUGCCUUGCUUUUCUUCUUCUGUUGCUCCGUCAACUCCUGUGUUCUUCAAGCUUCCCAUUGACUCUGCUGCAGCGUUUGAGUGUGUGAUAUUGUAUAGCUAUCAGGCACACAGUGCCUGGGGUUUGCUUAGUGCCAAAGCCUUCUAGCACAGGCUACACUCAUUGACAUUGUAUCCAAGUUAGUAUCUCUGCUGUGUUUGUUUGUUGUUUUUUUGGUAUUUAUUAUGAAUGAUCCAAUGAAAUGUGUAUUUAUUGUGGUUUACUGAAACUGUAUGUAAUUGAAUAAAACACAUUUUUCUUAAA